UAAAAAUAGUCUGCAUACGGCCAAACGUAGAUAGCUUUAUUAGUUGAAUCUUGCUAUACUGUGGCAAGUCAUUAUCACCGUGAAUCAUUGGAAUCAUGUCCAAACCAAUGUCGAAUCUAGUUUACAUCUGUACUUCAUGAGGGUAGGUCGUGUGACCUGCUGGACCUAUCAGUGAUGGUGAUCUCUAAGGUUUUCGAAAACCUCGUUUCAAUUUUCAAAAGAAUAUCCGAUAUCGUAGGCGUACAAUGGGCUCCCACAGACAUACCCAUGAACAGAAGACUGCAGACCCUGGCGGCGACCGGUUGGAUCUGUCUGGUACUGUUUGGAGAAGCUUUCUGCAUCUAUGUGCUGAUCGCUCUGGUGUACUCUAGUUAUUGGUGGCUAGCGAUAGUCUACUGUGUUUGGAUGAUGAACGAUAUUGAUAUAUCCAACAAAGGAGGUCGAAGGAGCGAGUGGGUGCGCAAUUGGUCGUGGUGGAGCUACUAUCGAGACUACUUCCCAAUAAAACUGGUCAAAACGGUGGAUCUAGAUCCUUCUAGGAACUAUCUAUUUGCCGUCUUCCCUCACGGUGUCAUAAGUUGUGGUGCGUUCGGCGCCUUUGCUACCAACGCUUUAGGGUUCAGUAAAAUAUUUCCAGGCAUGACCAGUAGUUUAAUAACCCUUAGAGGUCAUUUCCUGGUACCGUUUUUUAGGGAUUUAGUACUAGCUUUAGGCGGAACAGCGUCGUCUGAAGAGAGUAUACUGUACAAUCUUGAUUGUAAACGCAAUAAGGGCAAUUGUUCCGUUCUUAUUGUUGGAGGGGCAGCUGAAGCGUUGGAUUCUCAUCCUGGGGAGUACAAAGUGAUUCUGAACAGGAGGAAAGGAUUCGUACGAGUCGCUAUGAAGUCAGGUGCCCCACUCGUGCCAGUGGUAUCGUUUGGGGAGACCGAUGUCUUCAGGCCGUUCAACAAUCCAGAAGACGGCAUCCUCAGGAAGAUACAGGAGAAAAUCCGCCAGUGGACCGGCAUCUCCCCCAUGUUCCCUAUAGGACGGGGCAUGUUCCAGUAUACGUUCGGAGUGAUCCCGUUAAGAGCUCCAGUUACUACUGUUGUUGGCGCUCCCAUGGAAGUGCAGAAGAAUCUAGACCCUACCCCCGAGGAAAUAGAGGCCGUUCACGCUGAAUUUAAGAAGCGAUUGAUAGAUCUCUUUGAAACAGAGAAAUCCAAGUAUUUACCAAACCAACAGAAUGUUCAUCUGACCAUCACAUAAGUCGUAUAUUAUUAUUAUAG